GACCGGGCCAGAUGCGUGCCAGUUAUGUUUCCUGCCGGACAACCCCGGCUUGCCACGCACUCCGACUCAGGCUGCCCAUCGGAUCAAGACAUAUCUCUUAGCCGAUCCACUCAACAGCAUGUAUGCCAGUGGAGCAACCCCGGCGAGACAAGCAUUGCUGCCUAUGGCAUUCUUCAGGAACCGCUGCCUGACUGGCCAGGCAGGCUAUGACGCCAGACAGGAGAAGAACUAUUCCGGACACAAAUGCUUCCACACAUCUGCAGCAACUAUUGGAUAUGGUGUUGGCAGUAUAGUAUCUUCAUCGAUCUUCUGCUACGUCAUGUCGAAACAUCCUUCGUAAAGCCUGUCAUGCAUCAAGGCAAGGAUGGAAAGAGUAUGGAUCUGCGAUUAUAAAAGCAUCCGAGUGCAUAUGCAUUUCACUCUCCACAAUCAUCCAGAUCAAGUAUUCUUCAAUCACCUACACAAUGACCCCAGCCGGAAAUCCCUCCGAUGGUCGACCCGACGAAGCCCAAGAGACCAUCAAUCAGAAGAACACGG